UCACAAACUCUUACUCACUAUACACUAAACACUACCCACUGACAUUUCAUAUCUUAGCUUCCUAUUGCCACUCAUGGGUUCCUCUCCAAAACUCUGUUCCUUUUUCUUCCUCUUAGCCCUUUUCUUUAUGCAAACUUAUGCUAGAGACAGCCAGUUCUUUAGCAAGGUCUCUCCCACCACCAUCAACAGCAAAGAGGCUGCGGUGAUCCCCAACGUAGAAGAAGAGAACUUGAAGAAGCAAGAACAAGAGCCAACCUUCAUGCCAGAGAACCAAAAUGGUUAUGGCCUGUAUGGUCAAGAGUCCACCCAGACCCAAUUUCCGACCACCACUAAACUGGGAAAUGCACCCUACACUACCACCACCACUUACAGCCCCUACAAAGAAACCUACACCAAAUACCCCAGCACCAACACCAAUUAUUUCAAUAACAAUCAAUACAACAACAAUGCAUACGAGGAAGAGCAACAAAACUUGGGUGAAACAAGCCUCCAUGAAAGAAGCUACACCCCCACGACCAACCAGAACAACAACUAUUACUACAAUGGUGCAAAUGGGUACAAAAACGAAGGGAAGCAAGGCAUGAGUGACACCAGAUUCUUGGAAAAUGGGAAGUACUAUUAUGAUAUCAAGGGUGAGAUGAGCAACUACUACCCAAAUCAGUACCAUAAUUCAAGAAACAAUUACGAUACUAGGGGUUAUUACAAUAACAACAACGAGAAUUUCUAUGACAAUUCCAUGCAAAGCUAUCAGAACCAGGAGAACUUCCAAGAGGCCCAAGAUGAGCAGUACGUGCCUUGAUUUAAUCUUUUUUAGGCUUUGUGAUCAAGAGGUGAAGUACUGAAGAAAAUGAUGAGGUUGGUUCAACUAUAAUUAAUGGGUGAUGUUAUUAGAAGUUAAAUUAAAAUAUAUGUUCUUGUGAAAAGAUUAAAAAAAAUAUCAAUCAAUUUAUUGUGGUUAUUAUAA